GGGACCUGAUGACGCAAACACGUUUUCCUGUGUGCGUACGUGCGCAUUCUCGUGCGCGUCAGGAUCAAAUAGAGGACGACGAGCGAACGGCUAGUCAGAAAAAUACCGAGCGCUUAGUAGUCGCUCGUGUUUUGUACAUUCACGGCAAGUUUUACACUUCUACUACAGCGUUUCCUUCGAGAUAAAGAGCUAACAAGCGUGAGGAGGCAACAUGUGGCUGUUGUGGGCGUUUGGUGCUAUUUUAUUUAGUUUUCAGCAGGCCUUUGCGGGGACAGCGGGCUUCAUAAAGUCGCCCAUGUCUCAGACAAAGCUGGUAGGUGACAGUGCUGUUAUGCACUGCGAGGUGAUAGGGAACCCCAUCCCAGAGGUGCAGUGGUGGUUUAUAGAGGGCGACGAGCCCAAUGAGACAGCUUCUCAGCUCUUUGAAGGAGCUCUGCAUGAUCGUGUGCGCAUCAACACCACCUACAUCCAGCAUGGCGCCAGCACCCUGCUUCUCUACAAUCUCACAUUCAACGACACCGGUGUUUACGAGUGCCGUGCUUCCAAUGACCCCGACCGCAAUGCCCUGAGGACGCUGCCCAAAGUCAAGUGGAUCCGCUCACAGGCCAAUGUUAUUGUGUUUGAAAGGCCUGUGAUUGUGGUUAAGCCAGAAGAGGUGAACAACCAGACCUCUGCAACACUCAGCUGCAACUUCACCAACCCAGCAUCUCCAAUCACAGGCCACCACUGGGAAAAAAACGGCAAGGUUAUUGAGACCACCAAGAAGGAUGGCGCUGAUCGCUACAUUGAGUACACCGUUUCGAAGAUUGAGACCAACUCUGGAAAAUAUUCUUGCGUCUUUCAUUCUGAGCCAAAUGCUAAAGGAUUCAUCGAAGUAAAAGGUCUCAUUCAUGUUGUGGCUCACAAGCGCUCUGAGAAUGCUAAUGAGAAUGAUAAGGCGGUGCUGGUGUGCGAUUGCCACAGCUACCCCCCGGCCACUGACUGGAGCUGGUAUAAGGUCACUGAGCUUGGCCUUCAGGACGUCAAUGGUACUGAGAGGUAUUCAAUCAAGAGCACACCCAACAGUUCCUCGCUGAUCAUCAUGGACCUGAAUAAUGAGGAUGCGGGUGACUAUGAGUGCAGUGGGAGCAACGAGCUGGGCCAGGCUACCGACACGAUCCACCUCCGUGUGCGCAGCCGCUUGGCUGCUCUCUGGCCCUUCCUGGGCAUUGUGGCUGAGGUCAUCGUCCUCGUCACCAUCAUCUUCAUCUACGAAAAGCGGAGAAAGCCUGACGAGAUUAAUGACGAUGAUGACUCAGGCUCAGCCCCACUGAAGAGCAACUCUGCUACAAACCACAAAGACAAGAAUGUGCGACAAAGGAACUCCAACUGAGAGAGGACAUUGAGGUAUCCUGAUGACUACUAAUCAAGAUACAAGAAAAGCAUGAAGUUGCUGUGUGGCUCCUCAAGAUUGUGCUCUGCAGUUUCUGACUAAUUGUUUUCUUCUUGAGUGUAAAAUGUCUUGAGAUAUUGAUCGCUUUGUUUUCAUUCUUUCCCAGUAUUCCUCUCUGUAUUGUGCUGCCAGCGAAUGUGUUCUAAAAAUCGGGUUUUGGGGUGGGGGGUGUAGGGAAAUGCAUGAUUGUAUUCUUGCUGUAGAAGUGUGUUGUUGUGAAACCCUUUUCAUGUGGGAAUGAACAAUUGAUGGUUUUUCUUGUGUCGGCUUCCUCUACUCUGCCACACAACUUUAGCUUGGAUACCAAACUGUUAGCAGCGUGAUCAGCUACGUCUUGCCAGCUCGGAUUCUGAUUGCUCCCUUAGGAUUUUUUUUUUUUUUUUUUUUUUUUUAAAAAAAAAUAUUGGGGGAGGGGGGGGGGGGUUGAUUUUAAUACAAUCUAUUUCAUCCAAUUUGAACAGCGUUUGAUAACAAUUUGAUACCCAGGCUAUUAUAAUUCUGCAUCUACUCUAAAAGCCUAUAUAUAAUCUCCUCCGUUUGGCAGCAUGGGAUUUGCAGAGGUUCAGUGUCUUUAGCUAUUCGAUGUCUAUAUUACUACUGCAAAGCAAUGGUUUCAAAGGUUCUGUUUAGUUCACUUUUUUCAGUUCUUUUUUUUUUUUUCUGUAAGCCUUAAUGUUUAUCUACUUUGUUGUAUAUGCUUAAUUUUUAGUCAUAGAAAUAUUAACUAUUACACACAGCACACAACCAACUUUAUGUUGUUAUUGCAGUAUAGCUAAUUGCACUGUUAUAGUUAACUACAGAAUGCCACUUUUCUUUGCUUAAUUCUUGCCCGUGACUAAUGUUUUAGUCUAGGACACAAAUUCAUCCGUGUUUUAGGGAUAAUGCUUUUUAAGUAAGGGCAACACUGGUUUUAUAAUAACAGUAUAUGAAGAGGACCAAGCAUGAACAGUUUGUGCCAUUUACUACUCGGAUGAUAAUCCAGAAUCUAAUACAGAAUCCAGUACUAAUCCAGAUUAAAGCUAAUUUUAGAUCUAUAAUGAUUGAAGUAAAUGUGCCAUUUAGUUGAUGUAUUUUUCAAGAGUAUUUAUCCUCCCUGUAAGCAAUUCAGAAGCCAUUCUAUACCCAAAAUUAUGACUGAAUUUGUGCCAUUUCUUUAAAAGGCAUGUUGAUUACUAAGACCUGUAUUGAGCUGGUGUAAAUUAUUUUGCCUUAGAGACAUAGGAAAUCUUAAACUGUCAGCUUUACUGACUUGCACACUGAAUAAAGUUAUUUGGUUUGAUUUUAA